AUACAGAUCAAAACUGGCGAAACUACAUUCCCAUUCUCCACUGCUUCUAAGCAACAACUUUACCCAGGUGCAUCAAAUGUGACAGGUUUCAAAAUCGAUUUGCGAUUUGUCGUUCACCAAGGUGGUUUAGAAUUUGAUGUAUGUUCAGUUGAAGCUUGUUACAACAGUGCAAAUGACGACAGAAUUAUUGCAGACGAGGGAAAGCUCAAUCGGGAAGUUAAGGACGAUCUUGAUGGAAUGAUGACUUUGGUACACUAUGAAUCGCGCGCCUGCACAGCAUGGGGUGUGCAAAUUAUGGGACCAUCUUGUCUGAUUUUCUCCUUACAUCUAUCAGAUCAAGGUCUCUAUAUUGCUCUA